AUGGAGACCCCGCCGCAGGGACCCCGCCAGUGCCCACCCCGUGCCCUUCCCCCAGUUCCAAGUGGAAGCCAAGAUGAAAUUCCGCUUAGUCGUCCAAAAAGAAAGAAACCCAAAGGAAAAAAUGCAUUGGAGGGUAUUGUUCACGCAGCUGUCCGUCGGCCAUCUGAGAGUAGCGAGCCUCUAACUCCUGAGGUUCAGGAUGCUCCACCUCAGAGGAAACGCAAGAAGAAGAGAAUGCCUCCUGAAUCUGAGACCUCUUUCAUCCAGCAGAAUGUGCGCAACACAUCCUUUUUUCAAACUGAAAACGGCAUGGAUCCCCAGCCCUCUGAAGAAACAGUGAUUCGUAAACAUCGAAAAAAAACAAAGAAGACUCGGCCAGCAGAAAUGCAGUGUUCCAAUGAAUUGGGAGUGGAGGAAGAGGACAUUAUUGAAGAUGAACAAACAAAAAGUCCAGAUCAGCAACCUGUAUUUGCUGCUCCCGCUGGUGCUAGCCAGCCUGUGAGCAAAGUGUUUGUUGAAAAAAAUCGGCGUUUCCAGGCAGCUGACCGCACAGAACUGGUUAAAACCACAGAAAACAUUGAUGUAUUUAUGGAUGUAAAGGCUUUAUGGACCACCAGGGAUGUGGCACUUUCGGUGCACCGUGGUUUCAGGGUGAUUGGACUCUUUACUCAUGGCUUCCUUGCUGGCUAUGCUGUGUGGAACAUUAUUGUAAUAUACAUUCUAGCAGGAAACCAGCUAUCCACUCUCUCAAACCUGCUAGAGCAGUACAAGGCCUUAGCAUAUCCUGCCCAGAGUUUCCUUUACUUGUUGUUGGCUAUCAGCACAGUUUCAGCCUUUGACAGGAUUGACUUGGCUAAAGCAUCAGUAGCCGUGCGAGGCUUCCUGACCCUGGAUCCAGCAGCCAUAGCCUCUUUCUUAUACUUUGUUGCUCUCAUCUUGUCUCUGAGCCAGCAGAUGACAAGUGACAGAAUCAACCUCUAUACACCACCUUCGGAGAAUGGGAGCCUCUGGACUGCAGGUGCAGAGGAACAGAUUCUUCAGCCAUGGAUUGUGGUGAAUCUGGUGGUAGCUCUUCUAGUUGGGCUAUCCUGGCUCUUCUUAUCUUACCGACCAGAGCUAGAUCACAGUGAAGAACUGAUGUUUCAUGCUGAAGUAGAAGAAUUUCCUCAACUGGAUAAAGGCCUCAAUGUCCAGUCAUAGUGCAGAAAAUGCAUCUUCAAAUACUGUAGCUGAGACUGAGGACUUAGCACUUACAUGUAUUGUACUUGUAUAUAAUGCUUUUCUACAAAACAAAAUUUGUAUUUUUGUAUAUUUUUAUAUGUACUUGUUUCUGAUGGAUCUUUUAUUUUAAUUAUGCUAUUUUAAAAAAUUCCAAAGAUUUUUGAAAAUAGGAGUGUAAAACAUUUUAUAUUUUUUUCUGAUAAAGUGAGUCUUUUCUGGUAGAUAAACUCAAAACUAGUUUGUUAAACAUCUCCACCUACAUAACAUGGGAAGAAGACUGAUGGGAUACAAAAGAUCAGAUGGGCAAAUGCUUUUGUGAGUAGCAUUUUUUUUUUUAAUCCUCAACCAGUUGUAUUUGAGUGUUGAUGCUAAUAUCAACUCAUCUGAUUAGGACGUAUUAUUUGGUAAAAUAUUUGUAAAGAUCAAAACACAAGUCAUCUUAUGAAAAAAAUAGUAGAAUAAAAGUUAUUUUAACAGAAUAUAAGGUUAGAGAGAAAACUAACAGCGCUUUGGGGUGAUCUGUUUUAGUUGUCCUAGAAAAAUGUGUUGCUGGUGUAAGGAAAUAGGUUGUCUAGGGCUGUGUCUACAGUACAGAGUUAGGUUGACACAAGUGUUGCUGACAGUCAUUAACUGCAAUAACAGUAUCAUUUGCACAUGUUUACAUAAUGCUCCUUUGUCAACGGAGUGCAUCAACAGUUGGUUCUCUAGCAUUGACGGAGAGAGCAGUGCACCAUGGGUAGCUAGCCCACUGUGCAACUUGCCACCUUCUGCUGCUCGGAGUUGUGGGAAUGGGGAAUAGAUCAGAGUACAUCAUCGUUGCGGGUGCACUGUCCCAUGAUGCAGUUUUUUCUGUCCCAUCAUUCCAUGGGUGUCCGAUUAUGUUUCACGCCAUUUUUCAGCAGCUCCUGUAAACUAUGCGCCCACCCUCUCCACCUGAAAUCAUGGAU